AAUUAUGAACGAAACUCGGGCCAUUGCUGCAGAGUGUGUACCGGUGGUUGGGUGAUAAUCUUCAUUAUUGCUUCAAGUAUUUAGUACACAACAUCUAGAAUUGUCUUCGACACUGACCACCGAAAAAUCAAGGUGUAGGAUCCUUCCACCCAGGAGAGAAGAGUGGGCUGCACUACCACAAAAAUGGCGGCACCAAAUACAGUGGUCCCGCGUAACUUUCGUCUUCUAGAAGAAUUAGAAGCUGGGCAAAAAGGUGUAGGUGAUGGAACCAUAUCUUGGGGUCUAGAGGAUGAUUCAGACAUGACCCUUACAAACUGGACAGGCAUGAUUAUUGGACCCCCUAGGACAAAUUUUGAGAAUCGAAUGUAUUCUUUAAAAGUAGAGUGUGGUGCAAAAUAUCCAGAUGAACCACCUAAUAUUCGCUUUCUUAGCCGGAUCAACAUGCAUGGAGUUAACAGUCAGACUGGUGUUGUGGAUCGUCGUCAUGUUUCAAUACUUGGACGUUGGCAAAGAAAUUACACAAUCAAGACAGUUUUACAAGAACUGAGGCGUCUUAUGACGCAAAAGGAGAACAUGAAACUCACACAGCCUCCUGAAGGCACCACUUUCUAGCUGUCUUAAUUGUGUACCUUAUUUAUCCGGCACCACCACAACACCUCAAGUUGGGAACACAUGGUUGCAGCGCCAUUGCAAAGCGAGUGGUGCUACCCACUCACUGGAUAUCUGUGUACCAGUGUAUUCCCUAGGGAAAUGUGUGUCACGGCUGCAAGAUAUGAGGCCUUCGGUUAAUUUUUUUGUUUCAUGUCAUUUUCAGAGGGUAUUAUAGACUCAUGUCCUGAUUAUAUAUAUAAUAUAGCAAAAUGGACUACUUUAUAGAUAUAAAUUCAAGUCCACCCACUCAUCUUGUAGAUUUUGUUUGUAACCUACUUCAUUAAAUAAGCUGAUGUCAUUCCUAAGGAUGUGUGACUAGAAAAAAGAUUUGAAUGAUUUAUUGGGAAGAAAUGAAAGGCUGUAAUAUGGUUGAAAAUGUUUAAAAUUACAAUAGAGCUACGCAAUUGUAAAUAGCUCCUUGAAUAAGAAAAAAGUAAGCACUUUACUUUUUCCCCAGUGUUUUAAUAUUAUAAAGGCCAAGUAUUGAUUAGAUUGUUAAAAUAUCCUGAGAAUUUGAUUAUGGGGCUAAUUUAGACUAAUGCUUUAAUGUGAACAGGGAUUUAAACGCUCUCACUUUUUCAAACCUCGUCCAUAAGUUUUUAUUUGUUGUGUGCUUUUAUGUAAUCAUUAUAUACAUGAAUUAUAGCAAGAGGAAGCAGCUGUAGAAGACAAGCAAUUACAAAGCAGCAGCAGCAGCACAGACUUCACUCGUUUAAUUUCAUCAGCUACAUAUACUAUAGGAAGAAAAAUGUAAUCUGAAUAUGCCUGUACUUGCUUCCACGCAGUCAUUAUAUUGCUUUAUGUUUAUUUAAAGCAUGUUCAAGAACCUAGGUGAUUUGUUCUGUUAUUACCAUUAAUGUUCAACUUAAUUUUGAGUAACUAUUUAUUUCAGGGUAGAUCGGUACUGAAUAUUGUUUUCAAUGUAUACAGUACUAAGGUACACACACAACACAUUCUCACAUUCAUGGAUAAAGAUUAUCAUAAGCAUUGUGACUUGGUCCAGUUUGUAUGUUUUAUCAACAAUUAGUUUUUUUUUUUUUUUUUUUUUUUUGAGUCGCCUCCCUUCACCAUUUCUAGACCCAUCCAUCCAUAGGACUUUGUUGUCUGUCUCCAAAGUUGUGGCAGACUGUAUUAUGGAACAUUGAUCGCAAUUCAGAACUUGCAUUGUUCGGGGCAAUAAAAGUUAGCAUAGCAGAAUAUAUCUUUUUUAUUAGGAUCUGUAUUAGAGUACAGUAAGCAAUUGUGAUUGAUUUAUAAUACUACUACAAUUUUACCUUUUGUAUUUUUUCCUUGUGGAUGAAGAUAGCUUUUUUUCGCCCCAUGCCGAAAAGUUUUUGUUCCAAAGCAAUUAAAUUAUGAAACGUAAGAUAUAAUAAAAUUUCUACUCCACAAAUUGCUUUUUAUAUGUUCCUUAUACAAUGAAGGUGUAGUAACAUAAGAAUAACACUACGUAUAUGUAUGUGAGUAGUUAGCGGAGGGUCAGUAACAUGCAUUGUUUAAAUGGAAGGUCCUUAACCUGGAAGCUCUAAUAUAGUACGUAUGUAUUGUAUCUAAGUGAAGUCCUAAAUAAUGUGUUGUAUUAACAGUUUGUAUUUCUUCACUGCAUAUUAAUAUAUUUUGAUUAAUUUUUUCUUUGUCAGGCGAUUUCAAGGUUUUAUCAUUUGUUUGGUAUGGACCAUACAAUCAGAUGCCGUGGUGGAAUAACAGACGACUAAUUGAAAUUAAUGCACUCUUUUGCAGGGUUUUGUUUAUCAUUGUCCCUGCUUUUGCCAUUUUGCUCUUACCUUACUGUUCUUAUUCUAUGAAAAAGGUAAUAUAUUCUGUCAAGAAUUAGAUUGGUGAAGGUGAGCCCGUCAAAUUCUAUAAACCACUACCAGGUCCUAAUCCUGGUCCUUGUGUUUUUCAUAAUAUUUUAUCUACCUUGCUUUUAUCUUGUGUAUCUGUAAGUUUGACAUUUGUUAAAUAAAUUGUUUACACCAUG